GUUUCAUCCGCGCUGAUGGCUCUCCACGGUCAGCGUGUGUGCCGCGCGCGGCAUGCGCCAUGUACGACGCCACAACGCGCUGUUUGGACGAACGCCGUCAGUAUCACAGCUGCGGCUCAGCUUGUCCCAUCAGUUGUGCAACUCGGAACGCACCGAGAUGCCAAGAAAGUUGCGUAUCCGGCUGCUUCUGUCGCAUACCUUACGUGCUCGAGAAUGGCAACGAUCCCCUUCAUUCAAGUCUGUUCUUUCUACAGAAAACACUAAUCGAGUUCUAUCCGACUCCCGGUGCGGCCACGGUGCUACCAGAUACAAAUCACUGCAGUGACCCAUUGAAAAACUACCUCAACUGCGGAACGAAGUGUCCUGGAGGAUUGUAUAUAUUGUACAAGCGUUUCGCUGACUACGAAGGGCAUUUAGAGCUGUAUAAACUCAUCAAUUUCGAAGAAGAUACUCCCAUUAUAAUUUCGAUUCAUUAUUUUCCAGUUGGAUGCAACGAUCUCAAUCCUUCAACCACCUGCAGCCUUGCUUGUGUGUCUGGUUGUUUCUGCCGAUCUCCCUACAUUCUUUUAGAUGCAAAGGAUCCCCAAUCUAGUUGCGUACUACCGCUGCACUGCCCGCGCACCACGUCACCCACCGGUACCUGUGCUGAUCCUAGAAAAGAAUGCGCUCGAUCGUGCACGAAUCCUCUAGGACGAUGUGAAGCCGGCUUAUGCUCGGCCGGAUGUGUUUGUCGGGAGCCAUAUGUGCUUCAGGUGAGGCCUUCUCUUCAUUUCCACUCAUUUCAUUUUACUGAAUAA